ACACGCCGAUUCGGCGCCGCGGGCCAGGCCGAGGCGCUGCUGCCCGAGCGCGGGAUCCGAGACGUGGCUCCCGGGCGGAAGAACCAUGUUGGACUUCGCGAUCUUCGCCGUUACCUUCCUGCUGGCGUUGGUGGCCGCGGUGCUCUACCUCUACCCGGCUUCUAGACAAGCUGCAGGAAUCCCGGGGAUUACUCCAACUGAAGAGAUGGAUGGUAAUCUUCCAGAUAUUGUGAAUAGUGGAAGUUUGCACGAGUUCCUGGUUAAUUUGCAUGAGAGAUACGGGCCUGUGGUCUCCUUCUGGUUUGGCAGGCGCCUUGUGGUUAGUUUGGGCACCGUUGAGGUACUGAAGCAGCAUAUCAACCCCAAUAAGACAUCGGACCCUUUUGAAACCAUGCUUAAGUCAUUAUUAAGGUAUCACUCUGGUGUUGCAAAUGUAAGUGAAAACCACACAAGGAAAAAAUUAUAUGAAAGUGGUGUGACUAAGUCUCUGCAGAGUAAUUUUGCUCUCCUGCUUAAGCUUUCAGAAGAAUUGUUAGAUAAAUGGCUCUCAUACCCAGAGGCCCAGCAUGUACCCCUCUGCCAACAUAUGCUUGGUUUUGCUAUGAAGUCUGUUACACAAAUGGUAUUGGGUAGUACAUUUGAAGAUGACCAGGAAGUCAUUCACUUCCAGAAGAAUCAUGGCACAAUUUGGUCUGAGAUUGGCAAAGGCUUUUUAGAUGGAUCACUUGAUAAAAGUACAACUCGGAAAAAACAAUAUGAAGAUGCUCUUAGGCAACUGGAAUCUAUUUUAAAGAAAAUCAUAAAAGAACGAAAAGGAGGGAACUUCAGUCAACAUAUUUUCAUUGACUCCUUAGUACAAGGGAACCUUAAUGACCAACAGAUCCUUGAAGACAGUAUGAUAUUUUCUCUGGCCAGUUGUGUCAUAACUGCCAAAUUGUGCACCUGGGCAAUCUGUUUUUUAACCACCUCUGAAGAGGUUCAGAGAAAACUUUAUGAAGAGAUAGACCAAGUUUUUGGGAAGGAUCCUAUUACUCCAGAGAAAAUUGAGCAGCUCAGGUAUUGUCGGCAAGUACUUUGUGAAACUGUUCGGGCUGCCAAACUGACCCCAGUUUCUGCCCGGCUUCAAGAUAUUGAAGGAAAGAUUGACAAAUUUAUUAUUCCUAGAGAGACCCUUGUUCUUUAUGCUCUUGGCGUGGUACUGCAAGAUCCCAGUACUUGGCCGUCCCCACACAAAUUUGAUCCAGACCGGUUUGAUGAUGAAGCGAUGAUGAAAACUUUCUCCUUGCUUGGAUUCUCAGGCACGCAGGAAUGCCCAGAAUUGAGGUUUGCAUACAUGGUGACCGCAGUACUCUUGAGUGUACUGGUGAGGAGGCUGCAUCUGCUUUCUGUGGAGGGUCAACAUAUUGAAACUAAGUAUGAACUGGUAACAUCAUCCAAGGAAGAAGCUUGGAUCACUGUCUCAAAGAGAUACUAAAAUUUUAUACAUUUAACUUUUCUUGAGGAGAAUGAUGGUUUCAAAAAUCUGUAUUGAAUCCUUUUAUAAAUCAAGUUAUACUAUGGAAUAUAAAUACCUACUGGUACUUCAUUAUGUAAAUUUGGACUUUUGCAUAUUAGAUUUUCUUAAUGCAUGAUAUACAUUUAUACUUUAUUGCCUCAAUAUAAUGAUAACUUUAAUGGGAAGCACUCUGUUUUAAUUUUUGUUUUGUCACUUUUUUUGUUUUGUUCUAUAACUUUCUAUGACAUUAUCUCUAUAUUAUUUUUCUUAGUUUGAUCUGUAGUAUUCUUUUUUUUUUUAAGAUUUUAUUUAUUUAUUUGAGAGAGAUUUAUUGAGAGAGAUCACAAGUAGGCAGAGAGGCAGGCAGAGAGAGAGGAGGAAGCAGGCUCCCUGCUGAGCAGAGAGCCCGAUGCAGGGCUCGAUCCCAGGACUCUGAGUUCAUGACCUGAGCCGAAGGCAGUGGCUUAACCCCAUGAGCCACCCAGGCACCCCGAUCUGUAGUAUUCUUGAAAAGAGAUGCUAUUUUGCACUCUUUGGGGAAUCAUGUUUUCUGGAUAUUCUUAAAAGGAAAACAUAAUCCUAACUUCUUUUCAUACUUUAAAUCACUUUAAAGGGAGAAAACAAAGACUUCCCAUACUUUUGUUUCUUGGAUUAAUAUUUUUAUUUUCUAAAUAUAAAUUAGCUUAUAUUUAAUCAUUGUUAUUAGGUUGAAUAACCUACCUAGUAUUUGCUUUUAUGCUUCCCAGGUAAUACUGUUCAUUUCUUUACCUAUACAAGGCUCCUCAUUUUGACUGCUUCUGAGUCAUUUGGAAAUGACUGAAUGUAUUUUGAAGUGCUCCUUCUGAGGCUUGUCUUUCCUUCUGUUUUGCUGGAAAUUUUAGUAGCACUAUAUUGCUUCACCAAUUCUCAUUUGUGGGAAAAACUGAAUUCCUGAUAUGUUACUAUCAUAUCUAUUAUGUCACAUAAUGAACUUAAUGAUUAAGAAACAAGAAAGCACUUACCAAAAACCAAAACCAAAUUAAAAAAAUAAACAACAACACAUUGUAAAACAUAUGGUAGGGAUAAUAUCCAUAUGAUAUAUAAAUAGCUUAUAUAAAUUGGUAAGAAAACAUAAUAGAUAAAUGGUCAAAAGACAUGAAUAAACAUCUUUUAGAGGAGGAAAUAGCUAUUCAACUUUCAGAAAAAAGGGUCAGCCUCACUAGUAAGCAAAGAAAUAUUGGAACUAUUUAAAAAAAUAUUUUUUAAGUAUCUUGGAAAUUUAUACUAAGUACUGAUAAGUUUUAUGUUUAAUACUUUUAUAUUGAUAGCACUAUAGUUGAGUCCGCUUUUUUUUGUUACAUUGUUUUUGAAGAAUUUUUUUUUUUAAGACAACAACUGGAGGAAAUAUGCCAAGUGCAGAUAGAGAGGACGGGAAGAAAAAUGAUAACUGUUGCAAGUUAUCAUUUUUUUUGACACUGCUGAAUUCCUCUUGUAAUUUUAAUUUCAAGAUUGUACUCUAGUUAUUGAGUUAUUUUAUGCUGUGUUUAAAGUCAGGUAGCUAACAUUUUAGAACUAGUUAGGAGUGGUUAAGAUAGAAUUUAAGCAAUUACAUGCAGCUUUUAUUUCUGACAAAAAUAUUUAAUUUAUGGAAUAAUUUAAAUUCUAAAACUGUAAGUGAAAUGUAUUCUUAGUUCCCAGCAUCAUGUUGUUUCUAAAAAGGCACACUGUUAAAUUCCCUCCUAUCAUUUUGUAUGGCUUUGUAUAUAUAGAGCAUCUUUCUUUGUUCUCCAAGUACCUUAAUUGGUUUGGAAACUGGCAGUGGAGAGUUAGAGUGGGCACUUGAUGUGUAAACCGAGUGUCAGUAAAAUUAGAUGAGAUAAGUAGAAUUUUAAAGCAAGUGAGACCUGAUCAGCAGUGAUCAAGGCAAAACCAGGACAGCUGAGCCAGAGAGUGAGUGGAUUGGCCUGUUGCCAAUAUAUGAGACAAUGCGUUAUUACUCAUAAUGAUUUGAAUCAAGGAAAAUAAGAGAAUCAGCUAAAUAAGCACAUUUUAUCCAUGGUUACAUGACGGACUUAAAACAUUUCACAUAUAUUCUAGAGGAUUUUUUAAAAAUAAAAAUGCUGUCAAUCCA